GGGAAGGAGCGGUCUUGUCAGUACUACUUGUUUGAUCUCACUUCACCCUUCUUCCCAUCUCCAAGCAGACUUGCAUCCCAUAAGUACCUAUCCUUAGUCUUGUCACGCAAACCAGCUUCUUGAGAGGAUGCCACCUUCGGCUCCUUACAAACGCCUCAUCGUCCUCUGCGAUGGUAUUCUUUCCUCGCCCAAGUCCCGAUCCAGGCGUGCUGAUCGAGCCUUUCGGGUUUUGUAGACAAGCAGCUUUCAGAUCUGCGCGUCGAUAUGUCUGGUGCUGACCGUUUGAGCUAGGAACAUGGCAGAAUAUUUUGUCUGGCAACAAGAACGAUUAUCCAACCAACAUAGCCCGGUUCUCGAGAGCUAUAAGCCCAGUCGCGAUCAUCAACGACAAAGACGACCAAGAACGCGAAGUUGAGCAGAUUGUCUAUUAUCAACCCGGUGUUGGCACCGGCAUCGGUGACAAGUAUCGAGGUGGAGCAUAUGGUGCUGGUCUCUCAGCCAAUAUCCGCGCAGCCUACGGUUUCCUAGCUCACAACUACGACCCCAAUCCUGGUGAUGAGAUCUUCUUCUUUGGCUUCUCCCGUGGCGCUUAUACCGCUCGAGCGAUUGCAGGAAUCGUCACCAAACUGGGACUCUUGACAAAGCGAGGAAUGGAUUACUUUCCCCAAGUCUACGACGAAUUUAGCAAAGACGGCAGUAGGAAGCCGGAUUUCGAUUUCUCAGACGGACUUCGAAAGAAGAUUGGCAAUCAAGUGGUCGAAAGUGCUAAAAAUGCCAUCAAAAUCGUUGGCGUUUGGGAGACGGUCGGCUUUCAUGCCGAAGGGAUGUUAGGAGAGUCUCUCGAAUUCCACAAUGCGGAGCUUUCAAACCGCGUAGCCUAUGGCUACCAUGCCCUUGGUCUCGACGAACGGCGAACUCCCUUCAAACCGACACUGUGGCAAUGGCCCAAAGGGUACGAAGUCAGGACGGAUGGUAAAGGGCUGCAAGGCAUGAAACAACUGUGGUUCUCCGGCGUACAUAGUGAUGUCGGCGGAGGUCACUACGACCCUGCUUGUUCCGACAUCAGUCUCGCUUGGAUGCUUGCACAAUGUAGCAAGGACAAGAAGCUGGCGUUCACUGACGAAGACCCCCGGCGUCCCGAUGACCCUGACGAGUACUAUCUUCUACCGGACCGGAUGAAGAAAAAUACCAUGACCGAAUGGACCUCGUUGAAACACCAACCGGAAAACGACCCUAAGGACUCGCUGUAUGACAGUAUCACUGAUUAUAUUGGGGGAAUCUUUAGUGAAGAUCGCAAGGCGUUCCCAUUGGAACGAACCAACGAACGAAUUCACCGAUCAAUUCGGAAUCGAGAUCUGAAGGCCUGGCGUUGCCCCAUGCUUGAUGGCAAGAAUCAAGGGAAUAGCUGGAGCUUGAAGGUGCCGAGUAAACAGGGAAAUGUGCUCAUGGAAGCGGAGCCAGAUCAGGAGGCGGAUGAAAUCGAGAACAAGUACAUUGGCAGAAUUCGGCCAGCGCCAGGCUCCAAGGGUGCGCAGAACUGAGAUUGAACUUGGGAGAGACUGGGCAUGGAAAUUAUGUGAUGGUGAUUUUUCGUCACCCCGGAGUGGUAAUUCUUACACAGCAAGCGUUGAC